UCAAAGAAACCAGUCGUUAUCCCCAGAGUAGAUUUUGCUCGCCCCCUCAAAGUCCCACUGCCUUUCAUGAGAGCAUACAGCCAGGGACUACGGGCUCACGAAAUUUACGAAGAAGACUUCGUCGCAUUUCUGGACAAUUUGACUGUAGCCCAAGGGCCGCCUGCUCCUUUGACGAUGCUAAACACGGCCGGUAGCAUUGUAGGGCUCGUACCCAAUCAUUGGGCGCAACUGGCAGGAGGCAUAGCAAAUGUGACUGCUGGGCUGGGGACAGCUGCCACACGAAUAAUUCGGACGAAGGUGUUCUUGGACAAGGCCAACCGUGACUAUUUCGAGCCCAGAGGCCUCAAAGCGUCGAUAUGUAAAUCCAAAAGUCUGGCCGCCAAGUUGGGCUGUGGUGAGCAGCUCCCCGAACUCUCUUUACAAGACCGCCGAAUGCGAACUCUUGAGCCAUACAUCGCUCCUCUCACCUUUGAAGUUCCGCCUCCCAGCAAAGAGCGAAAUCUCGUUGACAGAAUGACCGAAAAACAAAUCGAGCGUGCGGUUAAGAAAAAAGACAAGCAGACGGAAAAGAAACGAGGCAAAGUCAGAGAAAGCAACCAAGACCAGCCGCGCGACGAAUCUAAAUAUGUUGAAUACUUAGAUGGCAGCCUCAAUGACAAAAAGGUACUCAAGAUGGAAAAGCGGUAUAACAAGAGGCAACGAAAAAUGGAAAAGGUCGAGAGGAAGGCCGCCGAGAAAUUGGAAGGGACAGGGCCAUUGGAGUCCAAAGAAAUCAAGAGGAAGAAAGAGAAGAAAAUCAGGAAAGCCGAGAAAAAGUGCCAGAGACUGGAUGGGCACGAGGAAAAGGCUAUUUCAACAGCUGCAGAGAAAAGGAGCAAGAGUCAUGCAAAAGACAGGAAGAAGGCAGAGAAGAUUGAGUUUUUAUUGAUAGAGUCUUGGACGGACUAG